UAAGAAGUAUUAAUAAUUAAAGCCACCUUCCAAAACUUCCCUUUAAUCCAACAAAAAUCAAAUUUUUGGUCAUAAAAUAAAGAAUUUCAAUGGAGAAAGCAAAAUGGGGGUGGAAGCUCCUCCUAGCCCUCUCUUUCUCUAAACUUUUUGUUGCUUUUUCAGAGGACUUCCCCUCCCAAGGAUGCUAUUGGACUAAAACAUGCCUACAUAAGUUGAAGGGAGAAUGUGGAGGUCUUGUGUAUAAUCAGUCAAACACCUGCUAUGGCCAAUGCCAGGGGAAAAAGUAUUCAUCCUGUCCUCCUGACCAUACACAUUUUUACUGUUGCAUAGCCGGAAGUCCCACAAAGGUGAAAGAUGGGUGCAAGAAGUGUGAGAAUAAGGUGGAAGAUGGCGACGAAUUCGUCUGUUGUGCAGACUGCACUUAUCCGGAUAUGGUCUAUGGUGAUACUUCAUCAGGGUACUGUAAAAGUGGUGCUGAAUUGAUUUCACAGCCAAAGCCAAAAGAGGUGUUUCAAUGGGUUGUUGGACCGUGGUUACCGUGUUCAUCUCCUUGUGGUGGUGGGAUUCGGAGUCGAAGAGUCGAUUGUUAUGCAGUAAUUGAGGAGACUUCAUCCCCUGAUUAUCCAGUAUAUGAUGAGCAAUGUUCAUAUCAAGAAAAGCCCAUAGUAAGAGAGACAUGCAAUUUUCAAAGUUGCGUAGUGAGCAAAGGCAAAGAAAAGGAAAGAAGGCAUAGUAGAACAUCCAACUGGAUGAUCGCAUUUCUCAUCUUUGUUGGGCUUGUUGCUCUUGGAUUUGCAGCUUUUAUUUUCUACAAGAGGAGAACAUCUAGCGAAGAACAAGGCUACGUUUACAUCAUGAUGGAAGGAUUUUCAUCAUAAAAUUUCAUACGCAGUAGUGUAGCAUGGGAGAUUAGUCAGAUUAUUACUUUUUUUUAUUUUUUUAUUUUUUUUUUAAAUAACUACAUAUAUGCAAGUAUAUUCUUUUGUCAAUAGUUUUGAAUUCUUAUUUAUAUUUCACAACAUUAUACUCCGUAAUUUUCUUUUCAAGGGCUAAUUGCCUAAUUGGACAUGCAGAAAGGUGUUUUUUUUUUUUUUUUUGGGGCUCUUAAGUUGAAUCAUAGAAUAUAAUUUAUUUUUUUAAAUGUAAGGAAAUAUGUAAUCAAGUAGUCUACAUAAUCCCACAAAUAUGUAUCCAAAUAGUCUAUAUAAUCACACCCCAAAAUGAUUUUCUUGUUUUGAC